AUAUAUGGUCAUAAAAUCAGACAACCUCAUCUUUUCCAUGUAUCCUAGCAUUCAAAUGAAAAAAUAAGGCAUAAGAAUGUUUCUUUAACCACACAACUUGCAAGGCCUACAAUCACUCGGUGCAUAAUGCACUGGCGGCUAAAUCGCAGAGUUACAAUACAAGGUCAAACAGUGAUUGGCAAAUGUGGCGAAUUGAAACAGACGCGGCAAAAAAUCGCAUGCAGUAUGAGCGGCUGUAUUGUGGCCGGGGCAGCGUUUCGCCUGGCCGGGCGGACGGGCCGGUCGGGCCGGCGUGCCCUCUGCUGGACCGCCUCCCGACAAUCUGAGGUCAGCGGCGGAGACACGCAGACAGGGCGACCCACCGCGGACGAAACCACCGCGACCACUGCCACCAGCACGUUCGCCGAGUCGUUCAAGAAGUUUGAGGGCCUGAACCAGCCAAAAGGCGAUGAGACCCGGCGCAGUGAAUCGUUCCUGACGCUGCUCAGGAACUCGCCCUUCAUAAAGAUGGGAGACCCGACCGGAAAGGUAGUCGAAGGCGAGGUGUUUCACGUCGUGGGCGACGACCUCUAUAUCGACUUCGGCGGCAAGUUCCACUGCGUCUGCCCCCGGCCGCCGCGACGCUCAGAAGAGUACGUGCUGGGAGCGCGCGUGCGCUUGCGUCUGCACCAGCUCGAGCUGUCGUCACUCUUCCUCGGCGCCAAGCGCGACCUCAGCCUGUUGGAAGCCGACGCCACCCUCCUAGGUAUCAUCUCGUCUCCGUACCGAUCCAAGGCCAAGCAAGCCACGUGAGCUGGGACCACGCGCAGGUCAGCCCGAACUGGCGUGAAGAGGUGCUCACUAGAGCUGUACAGUGUAUUCAACAGUGUAUGCAUGCCGCGGAAACAAGCGAGCAGGGUGACCGACGGUCGGUCGCGCCCUGCCCGUAACGCAAUACAUUCUGUCAAAGUA